UAUCGGCAGAGUUUAUAUAGUUAUAUUUAACACAAAUUAUAUAUAUUUUUUAUUUUCAUGAAAAAAUUUUAUUUAUAAUUUUAUGAAUAAUUUUAAAUAAUUAUUUUUAAAAAGUAAAGUAUUUAUUAUUCAUAGUCUUAAAAAUAUUUAUAAUUUUAAUAAAGUUUAUUUAAGUUAUUGUACCUAUAGAAUGUUAAUAUCGCAUUAAAUAAAUAGAAGUUUCGAUGUGCGACAAUUUUGGAGGUUUCGAAAGGUGACUGUCGAGGGUAACUUGUCCAAAACGUAGUCGUACUGAAAACAACAGUACUCCAAAACGUGCUAAAAUGAAUGACGAACAAACAACAGUUGAAGUCCCACAAGCAAUGGAGCUAUCAUCAAAUGACAUUGAAAAAUUGGAAGAGGCUAAAUUGAAGGCUAAGUUUCCUAUUAAUGCUGGCCGUCCAAUCAGCGGACAUUCGGCAUUUUUGCAAAAAAGAUUAGCCAAAGGACAAAAAUUUUUUGAUUCUGGUGAUUAUCAAAUGGCAAAACAAAAAUCAGCUGCUAAACCUAAACCAACUGGAGUUUUGCCUACUGGCGAUGCUAUUCCAACUCCUGAAACAGUACCACAACGUAAAACAUCAAUUAUACAACAAAAAUUUAACACAUCAAGUAGUUCGUAAGAGUUUUUUUUGUUGCUAUUAUUAUGAUGAUUAUAAAAUCAAUGUUUGACAGCCAUUUAAAUUAAAUAAUAUUUAAGAAUUCCUGGUAAGAAAAAAAAAUCAUUGGUAACUUAUAAUAAUUCCAUUUAAAUUUAAUUCCUAACAUUAAGUCUUGGUUUUACAUUUAUAGAACAACUUAAAUUACAAAAAAAAAAUAAUUCCAUUUUUUUGUUGUAUAAAUUAAUUAUAAAAUGAAAUUUUACUUACUAUUUUUUUUUGCGUUUGUUUAUAUGUACAAUAAACUUUCAAAAAAGUUACAACUCAAAGUAACAAUUAAUAAUAUUAUUUAUUUCCAUUCAUAAGCAGUCGGCAUAGUUUGUAAUAUUGGAAAACAAAGAUGUAUUUUUUCAACUAAACUCUGGUAUAAAUAUUAAAUAAUUUAAACAUACUUGUUACAAAUAUACGUUACUUAGAUUAUUAGGAAUACAAAAUAUAAUAUAAACGCAAGAAAAAAAAGUCUAACAUCUCGAUGGAUCUGCAUUUUUUAAACCGCUGUGAUGUGCUUGGUAAGACUAUAUUGUCUUAUAUGAAUUCAGGUUGUUGAUAAAAAUCCAUGAGAUGAAAUAAAAAUACUUGAUACCGUAGAUUUUCAAGUGUUGUAAUCAUUAAUGUAAACAUUUAUUAAUAUAUUCAGUUAAUAAUUAAACCGUUCCUUAUUUAUUUUA